CCUACGUCAUUAGAAAACUCACCACUCAGAGCCCAGGGAGUGCGUGACGUAGCCGAGGAAGCGUCUUCAUACACCUGCUGGAGGAGAGGACGAGGAGCGGACAGAGUCUGUGUCUCCUGCAGUAGAAGCAGCAGUAGAGUCCAGUAGAAGCAGCAGAGGUGGAGGAUGAUGACGUCGUCUUGGCUUUAGCGUCCUCUGGGUUUUUCUGCUUCAGGAUGCAGAUCCUGGUGGCGAAGCUGCUCGGCCUGCUGGGACUGUUCGGCCUCGUGCUGGCCGGCGUGCUGGUCCCCGUGCGCCUCCUGCUGGUCGACUACGACAAGGCGCACAGGUACAGGAGGGCGCUGUCGCUCUGUAACUCGUUUGGAGGAGGCGUGUUCCUCGCGACCUGCUUCAACGCUCUGCUGCCCGCCGUCAGAGACAAGGUGGGCGAUGUGUUCAGGCAGCUGCAGAUCAGCAGUGAUUAUCCUCUGGCUGAGACGAUGAUGAUGCUCGGUUUCUUCCUCACCGUGUUUGUGGAGCAGGCCGUCCUCACCUUCAGGAAGGAGAAACCGUCCUUCAUAGACCUGGAGACCUUUAACGCCGGCGGCUCGGAGGCCGGCAGCGACUCAGAGUACGACACACCCUUCAUCUCCUCGGCGCGGGGCUCGCCGGGCGGUGGCGGCGGUCACCGCUCCCACGGGCACCAGCACGGACACUUCAGCCCGGCCGAGCUGGCGGGGGCGGGGCCUCUGCGGCUGGCCAGCCUGGUCCUGGCUCUGUCGGCUCACUCGGUGUUCGAGGGCCUGGCACUCGGCCUGCAGGAGGACGGAGCCAAGCUGGGCGGCCUCUUCCUGGGCGUGGCCGUGCACGAGACGCUGGCCGCCGUCGCCCUCGGGGUCAGCGUGGCCAAGGCGUCGCUGGGCAUGAGGGAUGCCGCCAAGCUGGGCGUGGCGGUGGGCCUGAUGAUCCCGCUGGGCGUGGUGGUAGGGAUGGGCAUCGAGUCGGCUCAGACGCUGGCGGGCGGCGUGGUGUCGGUGGUGCUGCAGGGACUCGCCGCCGGCACCUUCCUGUUCGUCACCUUCUUCGAGAUCCUGUCCCGGGAGCUGGACGACAAACAGGACCGGCUCCUCAAAGUGCUCUUCCUCAUCCUCGGCUACGCAGCGCUCGCCGCGCUCGUCUUCAUCAAGUGGUGACAGACAGGAAGUCAGUGACUCACACAGCGAUACCAAAGGAACACGCUUAAAGGAGCAGUUCAGUGUUUUUGGAAAUUCAGGCCGAAACUCAGAAGUUCAGACUGAUCCUGAACACAUCUGAACAUCUGACUCCAUAAAA